AUGUCGUCAUCUAUCACGAUUCCGACUGGUAGAAAUGCCAAUAAGGCUGCUGCUACCACUGCGAGCCCAAGCAGUUCAUCAUCAUACUCAAGCUCCCCCACAGCAUCACAACAAUCACCCUCAUCUUCAUCAACUUCUACUUCCUCAAAGCCUCGAUAUGGACAUGAUCGGAGAAGAAGUCUUUUGAGCACAGCACUUGCAAAGGAAGAACAUACUACGAUCAAUAUUGGUGAUCCUGAUGGCACUCCACGCCUUAUCACCUGCGUUCGUUCUUCACAAGGCUUUGACUGGAACCCAGAAAUCUUCCUCCCAUCCUAUAUGGAAUCUGAUUUUGAAUCCUUCGAACGAAAGCGCGAACCUGUCCAUGAGAUCCGAUUGAGCGACGAGGAAAUCAAACAAAUGUUUCCCCAAUAG